GAAACGAAUGAAGUUUCAAAAACUAGAACGGAGAGAAAACCACUUGAGCGAAAAACAAAAAGAUUAGCGUACGAAGCUAUAAAAGCAUUCGAAGAGGGGCUGGAAACCUCUGAUGAGGAAACCCACUCGGUGAGUCUCAACCACCAGCAUGUAAGGCACAACUCAAGAUCGAUCUUCAAAGGAUCAGGUUGCUCCAAUAUCAUCCUAACAAUGCUACUAGUUAUGGCUUGCGCAAUACAUCCAGCGCUAGCAUACACAUAUUCCGGAGGAUACAUGCAAUGCGAUAACGGCAUUGUAGAAAUAAUACCUCCAAGUGAUCAGAGACCAUUCGAAGUUUGCCUCGAAAACGGCUGCAAACAAUAUACCGAUCAGAAAGAUAAAGUCUCAAUUUUCUUGCCGGUAUCUCCUUUGAACAGAAACACAACACAGGAGACGAAGUGCUCGUCAAAUCCCAAGAUUGUUCCCCGCCGGAAUUCUGUGCUUAUGCCCAAGGAUUCCUAUCCGAAGGGCUUACUAGGGAACCCGCACUGUUGGCCAGAAGGUGCCAUCAUAUCAGCGUUCCUUGUUCUUUAUCUUAUUCUGGCAACUAUACUCCUGGUUGCCACGGCAUUCUGCCGUAAGAUUAGAAGAGGGAAUGCCAAAAAGACACAACGCGCAGGGAGUUCCGACUCGGCUUGUGAAGCAAGGAAUGUCCCACUGCGAUCGUUCAACCCUACACCGCUAGCCAAAUCUGGGUUAGUUACGGCAUGUGUCAUUAUGGUCAUCUUGCAGAGAGCUUCGGCCUGUCAAUUAGGCUAUAUGCGCCAUACAGUAAACCUAAUAUGCACACAGCGAGACAGCUGCGUAUAUGAGUACAACGAGGAAAUCAGUUUCAAUAGACUCAACUCAAAUUUGUGCAUACAAAUUAACCAUGGAAACAAAACCGUAGGACUGAUCAAGGUCUACCAUUACCCAAUAAAGCUUACGUGCUCCAAGGUAUCUCGCUUCUUCACUAGAGAUUCGGUGCCGAAGAUACACCAUUCUCUACGAUGUCCGCAAAUGGGAUCGUGCUAUGAUGAGAGGUGCAGCAGUUUUCGAAGAAACGAAGUCAUUCCAGAAUUAAGCGACACUGCAAGGCACCCAGGAUAUUCUACCUGCGCAUCAUCCUGCGGAGGACUCGGUUGCGGUUGCCUAUUACCUCUACCCUCAUGCUCAUUCUAUAGGUUCGUCCAUGAACCUAUAUCUGAGGUCGCCUAUGAAGUGGUAGAUUGUUCGGAAUGGAAACCAGUAGUUACGGUAGAAAUCCAUACGACGCUGUACAACGUUGCCAAAAGAAGCCGAUAUGUGCUGCAGCCAUACGUUGAACAGAUAGCGGAUGACUUAAAAAUGACCGUAGUUUCUAUACAAAAUCCUCGGUCACCUAUGAUGGACCGAAGAUUCGCCGUGAGUUCCAAGGACGCGGUCAUGAUACCAGAGAAUUACAAAAUUCCUGUUGAAUGCGCAACAGAAAAAGCAGCCGUUAAUAACUACGCCAAUUGCACUUCUCAUUUUGAGUGCAUCUGUCACGACUCGCGGUCGAAAGCAGGCUGCCGUUGUCCUACAGAAUCGAUAUCACAGAUCAGGUCAACACUAAUUAAUACCCUGCCGAUUUAUACUCCAACAGUGCAGAUCAAUGCGAAGAAUAAGGAAAUAAUCUUAUCUUCCAUAGAGGCAGAAGUCGUCUUAUUAUUGCAAUCUAGCGCCCUAAUUAGUGCUAACGAGUAUGUGAUCCAGCAGCCAUGCGAAAUUCAGGUUGAAAAAACCUCCGGCUGCUAUGAUUGCGUGGAAGGUGCACAGAUCCAAAUUUCAUGCAAAACCGAAAAGUCGUCUUGGAUCACAAUACAAUGUGAGGAACAAACAUUCUCCAUUGAAUGCAACCCCGAAAACAAAUCGAGCAUAGUAAACCUCAACUUUAAUUAUGCAGUCAUCCAAAAGAACUGCCAUACUGUUUGCGAUGGCAAAUAG